AUGCCAAGUCUGCGAACGGACUGUAGAGAUCUGCAAACAAUGCUCCAAGUCAAGUCGCGCCAAUCGGGUCCUGUGACACUGUGGCUGAAGCGAGACAUGCUGUGCCGACUCAAGCGAAUUAAAAGAGACAACCAGUGCAGCACUAAAGAAUGUACCGAUGUGGUGGAUAACGCUGCAGUUGAAUCAUUUCUACUAGAAUCCUCUGUUUAUGCCGGACGCUUUGUGCAGCCGCAUCUGGUCUCCUGGUACCGGCAAAAUUUCACUCUGCCAUGA